AUGUUUGGAAAGUGGAAAAUAGGACAUGCACAAUUAUCACGGACACAAGAAGCUAAGCAGAAAAAAGUGCUUAUGGCAAGUGUUCAGCUUCUCGUAAUCAUGGGUUCCAAGCAGUUGCAAGUGGCUCUGACGAUUGAAGGCACAAGUGUUUUUCAAUAUGGUACAAUGCGGUUACGCAUGGUGCUCGAGGACCGCUCUCCCUUACUGCAAAACGCUCGAAUAUUCGGACGAUUAAGACCAUUGGUUGAACGUAAAGUUGGCCAGCUUAAACCUUACCCUGUAGACGAAAAGCUACAAGUGAGGCCACUAGAACCAUGA